AAGGUGCAUGUAGCCUAAUAUGGUCCAUCUGUUACAUAACGCAAUACAAACGUGACAUGCCUGCCAACAAGUGUUAGUACAGUGUGUACUCGCCAUAUCUUGGCUCCACUAGGGGCACCAUGGAGCCUGAAAUAAAGGUUUAUCCAACUUCUCUUCUUGAUGCUCUGCAGUUGGCGUCGGGAUGAUGGAUAGCAACCAGCUAGGGAAAUGGCUCUUAUUGCUUUCAAAUGAAUGAUUCCCAGAUUUCUUACAUAAACCAUUGGGCUGGGGUGGUUUGGUCGGUGGCUGACUGUCAGAUGAUAUCUACUUGAUGGAUUCCCGUGAACAUUAUUAUUAGAAUGCAACCAACUGCCUCAAUCACUGAAGACUGUUUGACAAAGUAUCACCUUGCUUGACAGAACAGGUGCUUCUUGUGAAGGAGGCCUCCAAACUGUCCUCGAUUUACUGAACUGGAAAGCAAAAUGAAGACAUCCCAGACCAUAAAUCAUGACUCUGGUUUACCUGUCGAUUUUUGACGGACGUAUAAAAUAAUCACUUGAUGUUUCGGUGUGUGUCUGCAGGAUACUGACUCUCUCUCUCUCUCUCUUUCACACACACACACACUAAAGGACAACUUCUUGAAUCAAUCCAGAGUUCCCAAAGAGGACCAUCAAAAUGUUUUCGGCUCUUAAGAAGCUGGUGGGCACCGAGCCUGGCCAGCUAGGAAACAAAAACAUUCCAGCUGGUUUGCAGUCAAUGAACCAGAGCCUACAGAGAAGGUUUGCCAAGGGAGUACAGUAUAACAUGAAGAUCAUCAUCCGUGGAGACCGGAACACAGGAAAGAGUGCCCUAUGGCACCGACUACAGGGGAAGAAGUUUCUGGAAGAGUACAUCCCCACACAAGAAAUUCAGGUCUCCAGCAUCCACUGGAACUAUAAAACGACAGACGACGUUGUCAAGGUGGAAGUUUGGGACGUGGUGGACAAAGGGAAAGGCAAGAAGCGAGGAGAAAUGCUGAAAACGGAGAAUGAACCCCAGGAGAAUGAGAUGGCUCUGGAUGCAGAGUUCCUGGACGUGUACAAGAACUGCAAUGGAGUCAUCAUGAUGUUCGACAUCACCAAACAAUGGACAUUUGACUACAUCGUGCGGGAGCUGCCCAAAGUGCCUACCCACGUGCCCGUCUGUGUGCUGGGCAACCAGAGGGACAUGGGCGAACACCGGGUUAUCCUGCCCGACGACACCCGAGAGUUCCUCUCUCACCUCAACAGGCCUCCAGGUUCUUCUUACAUCCACUAUGCUGAAUCUUCCAUGAAGAAUGGCUUUGGUCUCAAGUACCUGCACCGCUUCUUCAACAUCCCCUUCUUACAGCUGCAGAGGGAGACCCUGCUGAGACAACUGGAGACCAACCAGCUGGACAUAGACGCUACUCUGGAGGAGCUCAAUGUUCAGCAGGAGACUGAGGACCAGAACUAUGGCAUUUUCCUGGAGAUGAUGGAAACCAGAAACAAAGCUGGCUUCAGCUCCCCUUCCAACGGCCAGAGCCCCUCCUCAGGCUCCCAGUCCCCCAUCGUCCCCCAGAGCGGGCCCUCUACUCCUGGGGCCUGUCCCAGCCCCUGCACCCCCCAGCAACCCCCUCUCCCACCCCAGCCCAUAACUAUCUCCAACCCUAUCCCCAGGUCAGUUCAGGGCCCCCCCUCCUACACCAACGCUAACCUUAACCCCUGUCCCCCUCUCCAGAACACUGCCCUCCCUAGGGGUCCAGGUUACCCACAGCAGCCCCCGGCCCCCCAGCCGCAGCCCCCAACCCCUCAGGGGCCCCAACAUGGGGGAACCACACCUGUCCCGACCCCCCAGUCACCCAGUGUCACCCAGGCCCCUCCUGCCCAGAAGAGAGGCUUCAUGUCACGCCUCUUUGGAUCAGCCACCUCUGAAACUCCCACUGAUGGCGCAGACGAGAAGGUGCGGAAUGUGGAUGACUUUGUUCCUGAUGUGGACCGUAUCUUGCUGGAGGAGGGGGCUGCUGCCAAGGAGAAAGCCAAGGAGAAAGCUCGAAGAGCAGGCAACAUGGACAGUGACAGUGACGGUGAGGGCCGAGGGGGGAACCCCAUGGUGUCAGGGUUCCAGGACGAUUUUGCCCCAGAUGAGCUGUGCCAGUCUGUGCCCAAAUCUGUGCCCAAGGCAGCCACUGUCCCCAGCGUGGGCAUCACCCUGACCAGCGAUGAAGAGGAUGAGGGGACGAAGGCACUUAACGUCAUCCAGGACGGUGGAUCGGACAGAAGGAGAUCCUCCAACGCUUUGAAGACUCAAAACAAGACCGGAGAAGCCAAGAAACCAGCGGGCUUAAAGAUGUCGUCCGAGCCCGUCUCAUUCCUGAACACGACCCUAGCCCCGGUGCAGUCCAUGUGGGCAGGCAAGAAGAAGGGAGGGGAUGAAUCCUCCCACUCAGACCAAGAAGCUCCAGGGGCCGAUCAGAUGCUCUCCUUCGUCAUGGACGAACCAGACUAUGAGGACGAGGAGUUUGAGAAGCCCAAGAAAAAGAAGGAGCCUUCGGCUGUACUGGAGGACCUGAAGCCGGUCCAGCCCUCUGUCCUCCCUAUCAAGAGCGACGACCUGGACCUGUUUGGACUGGGAUUCCAGGAUGUGGCGCCCAAGAGCAAGGAAAGCAGUGAGGACCAAGAUGACCGAGAAAGUAGAUCCUCAACAAAGGACAAGAAGAAGAAGAAGAAGAAGAGUAAAGAGGAGGACGACAAAAGCAGCAAGAAACGACACAAACAGAAGAAAAAGGAGGAGUCAGGGAGCGGGGACGAGAAAGAGAAGAAAAAGAAGAAGUCAAAGUCGACCAAGAAAGCCGGCGGCGUGGUGGACGACCUGGAGUCUUUUCUCGCCGGAGACGAAGACUACGAGGAGAUGUAGAAUAUCCCCCCCAGCAUCCAAUCAGGACUACGUUUCUACUUCAGCAUUCUAGGGUCAGGAUGUAGCCAUGAAGACGACAGAAUGCGUCGACUGACUGGCUGAGUGAUCGAAGACUGCAAUUCUCAUUGGGUGAUAGUUAUUUCCCACUUCCUGACGUUGUGGUGCCUCUACGGUGGUUAGAUUUGGAUAAUUUGUGAUUGACAUUGUUUGUUUUGCUUACCCUUUUACUGUACAUGCAACACUACCGUCAUACAACAACUCUACUGCAAAUCUGUAGCUGGUAUAUCCAGGUUUUGAGUUUACACUCUUAGGACAAAACCACCAUUACUUUGAUGUUUCCACGGUUGAUUACACUUGGGUACACUCACUACAAUGUCUUUGCUAUUCCAUUUGUCUUUCCCCAUUGGGCCUGCUUUCUGGUAAAGGCUUUAGAACUGACCCUAGUACAGAGUUGUGACUAUUUCUAUAUGGGAGCGCUUUCCUUUACACUGACCAGUGUUCAGGAGUCGGGGGACGUGUGUGCAUUCAUUAUGAAUUAUGUUGAACAUUGCUUGAGCAGCGAUAUAAAUGUUAUUUAUGUUUAUCUGGUGUUGGCUUUUCGAACUACGGCUAUGUCUAGGUACAGUAGGAGUUUGUGAGUGUUUACUAAACCAGACAUUUUGGGAGUUUCUCUGAAAUGAUUCAGCAAAUUUCACUGUGCAUGAUCAUUUUGGUUUGAUGUCAAUGCCUUAAGGAAAGCUUUACUUUAACACUGGAAAGGGUUAUUUUAACACCGGAAAGGGUUACUUUAACACCGGAAAGGGGGUUACUUUAACACUGUAAAGGGGGUUACUUUAACACCGGAAAGGGUUACUUUAACACCGGAAAGGGGGUUACUUUAACACUGUAAAGUGGCGAUAUGAAUGCCUUUUAGUUGUAGAGAUCUGAUUGUUCAAUGAUGCCGUCAUUCUGGCAAAACACAAUGCAAGGGAAGCCAAGAUACGAUGUCUUUUUUUCAACCUGCUGUUCUGUUAAGUCGUGUUGUUGUUUUUACUAAGUGGCAGUUGUACAAUGUAAUUUGACGUUUCUUCUCAUUUCUUCCAUUAACCAAAUGAUGUGUUUCUUGGACACAUGUUUUAAUAUCUCCGUGGUUACCUGUAACUUUUACACUAGUUUGCUUGGAUCCUAUUUCUUGAUGUUGCUGAGCACCAUGUGGGAUGGUUUUGCUGUGUAGAGUGAUAUCUCAUAAUGGAACAUAGUCCUUACUGAACUUGUUAACUUUACUGUAGGGGAGUGUGGAGUCUGCUAGUCAGUCAUAACUACACACUGCUAUCUAUCUGCACUCCGAUCCAGGGGAUGUUUACAACAAAGUAAAUGGCCUCAAGCUAUUCAUUCCACCUUAAGUCCCCUUAGAAAGAAUUGACAACAUAUCAGGAAUGUAUUUAGAGUCAUAUCAUACAUGUAUGCAUUGUUACCAUUCCAUAUUUAUUUUGAAAUAUUAAGAAAAUAUUUUUGGACAUUAAACAAAUCCCAUGUUAAUAUAUCCAUUAUAGAAAAGUAUAUGCACUUGUAUUCAUGCAUUUGUACUGCAUAUUUCUCUAUGUGUGUUUUUACCUUGCUCUGUUGUGUCUAAAAUAGGUACUUUGAACUGUCUUUAAAAGAGACACUACAUAUCCAUUUCCACCCAGCCAUCUAUGGGUCGUGACUGCAGUGUACUGCUAGUUAGGUAUCCUGACCACUGCCUCACUGUAUAUUAUCAGGGAGAACAUGCAACAUUUCCAGACUGUGUAUCGGAACCUACUGUACAUCAAUAGAACUCUUACAUCAAUAGAACUGUUCCAUCAAUAGAACUGUUACAUCGAUAGAACUGUUCCAUCGAUAGAACUGUUACAUCAACAGAUCUGUUACAUCAAUAGAACUGUUUCAUCAAUAGAACUGUUUCAUCAAUAGAACUGUUACAUCGAUAGAACUGUUUCAUCAAUAGAACUGUUACUUACAUCAGUAGAACUGUCCCAAGAGACGGCUCUGCGAGCGUUUGUUGAAUCAGGUAGACCUAUAGCUCAGUCUUUCCCUGACCGCUCGUAUAUCCUUGGUUCUCUCUGGUCGAAGGCGGUAUACUCUGGGGACACCGGGGUCCCCUCACACCUCAUCCCCUCUUCUGGCUUAGUCCUCUUUCUCACCAUAGGGAGUGAUGUCAUUUUUUGCUGUAGCCUAACCCUCCCAGCUGGCUUGACGGGAGGGAACCCAAUGUGGCGAGGUCGACUCCCAGGCUGACCAUGGGGUCAUCCUCAGUGUUUCCCCCUCAUGCAGCUGUCUGCCUGUCAGGCUAGCUGCUAGGCUAGGACACCCACCCCUACCGCUCACUAUGGACCAAAUCCUAACUUCCUCUACAGUCGAAUAAUGUCAGUUGGUGUCCUGUUGACAUUAAUGCAUGACUAAAUGAACAUUUUGCUUAAGUGGAAGUUAGGAGUCACCCCUAUGAAAGUAAAAUCCCAGGCGAGCCAUGUCAACUCGUCAAAGAGUCCCUCUGCAUGAGCGUCACUGUGAGAAACAACAACACACCUGGCUGUACCACUGUAGAAUUAGAAUUUGUAGAACAGACAUUGUUAGUGCAUACAUUAUGGAGGGAUAGUGUCUUUUCUAGUUAUUCUAAUUCUGUGUUUAUGUAAUAUAACCCAGUCCUACCCAGACCUGUUUUGUUUUUUGGUAGUUGAUUUUGUUUCAUUGCGUUAUUCUGCUUUUUGUUCAAUGACGUGUGAAGGAAUUUGUUUUGAUUCAUGUAGAUCAAACUAAUGCAACUUUUUGUUUACUGCUUUUUCUGUGGUAUGAUGUCUUCUGGGUAAAGUUAAAACAGGAAUCAUCCAGAUCAUGCAAACUGCCAGUGAAAGGUGGCAACAAGCGAACUUGAGAUUAUCUCUUGGUUACAUCUUCCACCUUGAUUUUAAAUGUAAUAUCCCUUGUGCAUUGUCUUCAUCUUGCUUGCUCCCUGCAUAUUGUCUUUGUUUAGGUAAUUGUGUCUAUAGUUGAUUGAACUGUUGGUUGAAUUUGGUCUGUUUAUGUGUAUGCAUCUGAAUAUAUUGAGAGAUGGUGGGCAACUGGGGGGGGAAAAAGAGAUUAUUUUGACAUUCCUCAUAUGCUUCCAUCUACACACUGUAAGUGAUAAAAUUGUCUAAUAAAUGCAAAAAUACUUUCA